UUCCGUUCGUAAAACAACCGUCACGAGCUUGAUAAUUUUGCUGCAGAAUAGCAAGACUAUGGCGAACCGAAAGAGUUUAUUCCUAACGUACGUUAUUUGGCUUCUAUGGGGAUGGUUCGGUCUGCAUCACUUAUAUCUGGGUCGAGAUAUCCAAGCAUUUAUCUGGUGGUCAACAAUCGGAGGUGUAUUUGGCCUGGGAUGGUUUCGCGACCUUUGGCGUAUUCCAGAAUAUGUUGACGAUGCUAACGAAGAACCUUAUUUCGUUGAGACACUCAAAAGAAAGAUACAGCUUAGGAGAGAACCAGCUUUUAGUGUGACAAGGUUUUCAGGACAAAUGCUUGUAGGCUAUUUUUACGGCAUAUUAGUUCGAAUGGCGAUUCCCGAGGAGGCGAAGUGGCUUCCAGCACUGUUGGUACCUUUUGGGGUUGCUGUUGGUGUUUAUCUCGUUGGAAACAUUGGUCGAGAGAGAGGAGAUUUCAAAUACCCUUUGGUGGGAGCUUUUAUUGCUAAUAUAGCUUUGACAUAUCUCACAGGGGAAGAGGCUGGUGCAAUGUACGUGGCACUAGUUGCUGCCAUCUUUUUCCAAAACUACCGCCAGUUCAGAAAGGAGAAAGCGCAGGGCAAGACGUUGUGCAAACGAAUACAAUACUUAGCGAUUGGCGGUUUCAUUAUUUGUUCCCUUUGGGGUUCGUUCCUUUAUUUUAAUGCACAAGUCACAACGGAAGAUGGAGAAACUGUCAAGUUACGUGAUGCUAUAAAUCACUUCUUCAAUUCACCGGUGUGGCUCGAGUUCAAGGAAGUAAUCUGGGGUCUGUAUGAAGAAGGUCAAAAGAACGGGUGGGACAAUUUCUACGACGAGUUUGUUAAAGCUUUGGAUCCCAGGGGAGAAAAGAACGCUUAUCGUGUCCUUGGACUAACAGAAGAUGCAACUCAAGAGGAAAUAAAACGAAGAUACAAGAAACUUGCAGUAAAGUGGCAUCCGGACAGAAAUCUAAACAAUAAAGAGGAAGCCCAGCAAAAAUUCAUGGAAAUUCAAGAAGCUUACGAAAUUCUUUCGAAACUCAAAACAAGAAGGGCUUCUAAAAACACAAGAAUAAGAAGCGAAUUCGAGAACCGUGGUCAUGACGAAUUCUAACAAGUGCUAUUAAUAUUUUAGAUUCCAUGGUAACAUGACCAUGGGUCACAGGUGGUUAAACUACAAACUAUUGCUUACGGUAAUUAGUAUGUGAACUGUGAUCUUUUCACCACCUGCUAGGAAGCCUUUCUUCCAAUUCUCUAUGUAUAAAAUAGGACUUAGAUAAUUUGACUUAGUACUAAAAGUCAUUUUUCAUGCAAGAGUUAUUCAUUGCACUGUUUUGGUGUUAAUGUAUGCUGUGACUCACAACACAAAAAAUGAUAGUCAAACCUGUAUAAGCUGUCUCCCAUGGGGAAUGGCUCUGUAACUGCUCAACACAGGUCCACAGAAUAGGGUAUUAUUAAAAGACAAUGAAAAAUUUCAUUUUAUGCCAUAAUUGACCAAUUAAUUUACAAAACUUUUCUCAAUAAUACUACCAAGAUUGAUUUGCAUUGGGGAGUUAAAUAUGGAUUAAAUUUAAGUUGAAAGAUUACUGUUAGUUUUAAUUGAAAAUUUCCUCCUUGAGAGACCAUUCAAUACAGGUGGAGGACAAUACAAACAGGACUCUGUAAAGGGUGACCGCCUAAUAGGGCUGACUGCUUAAUAGAUUUGAAAGUUACAGUAAUUUAAGGGGUGAAAAUUUUGGGACUUCAACAACCAACUGCUUAGCACAGGGUGACUGCUUAUACAGGUUUACCUGAAGUUUGAGGAAAAUGAAGUACACAUUACUACAGCAAGCAGUAAAUAGUGUUAGAGCAAGUUCCUCUGUUUUCAUGAAAUAAUGGCAACAAUAUUUUUUUCUCUGAGGCAUUGGUGCAGGUAUAUUGUUUAAUAACUGAAUUGAAGUGAGGGUGUUAUGCAUAUGGAGGGUUACUUAUUUUUGGUAAAGAGAGAUGAUAACACCAACUUGAUUAAUGAGCAAAUACUGUAAUAGGUGAGAUGCAAAUUGUUUUUCUCAUGACUGUCAAAGUGAAAAUGCAUGCAAAUAUUUAGAAGUUUGGUUAAUUUUUGAUGCAUUUUAAAAUCAUCCCUCAAUUUCUGUUGAUUUUACUCUUGAAAAUGUUAUGAAGUCCUCACCCUAGGGCAUUGAAAUUAGACCAUUUUGUAUGAAGAGAAGCAUUCACAGAAAUUAUAUUAAAGGUUGAUCACAAUUGAUAAAGUUAUUCAUGGAGUCCUAGGUAAGCAACAUUAAUCAAGCAUGGAAGUGAAGAUGAAUCAACUGGUAAACAUCAAUGCAAUUUUCAAAUGAUCAAUAAAAUUAAGAGUUUUCGA